AUGUCACAAAGUUCAGACUUUGGGGCUACGAAUUCCGUAUCGCCUUCGCCUGUCACCCCGGGUCCCUUGACACCAGCUCCAUCCACACCUGGCCGUCCACACCGGCUGAGGCUCGCACCGGUCGACGAGACGAAGAUCGGCUGUUCCGAAACUUCCGUGGCUAUACGUGGUCUCAACGAAGCAAUGAUACAAAAGUCAUGGGCUUGGACAUAUGGCUUCGACAUCGAGAGAGGCUCAGAUUGGCGAUGGGUCUGCAGAGUGUGCAUCGAACGGAAUCGGCCGAAGGCCAGCAACGUCAUUUCCAUUGGCACCCACAAUGCUGAGCGGCAUCUCCGGGACCACCACAAAAUUCUAGAUAAUUCUGGAAAACGGUUUGCGCCAAAGACUCGAAAGAAACCGUCCACGGGAUACCAGACGAUCACAAAUGCCUUCAACCUCAUUCUAAUCAUCCGACUAUCGCGAAUGGCGAUGGACUUCAUGACGGGCAGGCGAUGA